UUUUUUUUAGAACCAAUGAUAUCUUUCUCCCUUUCUCUUCUCUAGCAUCGAUGAUCUCUUCCUUCUCCUUUCACUAGUACCCUCUUCAUCUCUUCUCCAAGCCUCUUCCUCCUCUUCCCCUUCUCUUUCAUCCCAUCACUAAUCUCUCAUAUGACAAACCAAUUAGGACCAUUUGGAGCAAGACCAACUUGGAGUAAGACCUCAAGGAUAUUCAGCAACUACAUUGGCGCCGUCUGUGAGAAACCGAAAAAAAGUCAUCACUAGAAGCUAAGAUGGUACACACACGAGCAACCCAACGUGAGAGUCCUCCUCGAGGCCAAGGAAGAGGCCAGCCCCCAAGUAUCAACCCCGUGUCACAGAAUACACCAGUUGUAGCCCCCCAGCAUCAGCAGACAGAAGGAGUUGGGGAACAUAAUCCACAAUAUCCCAGCGCUGUACCAAGCGACCCUGUGACCGCUCAACUCAAUGCCAUGCAACAACAAUUCGGGGUCUUCCAGCUAGUACUUGCCCAGCUGUUAGCCAGAGAUAACCCCGCUGACCCACUCAUUCACUUAUUGAACCCAGCUCCCCCCGUGGCCCCCCAACCAGCUCAGCAGCCUGCCAACUCCCCGGUCCGCAGUGCUGCCCCGACUGCUUCCCAAGCACAGUCUCACAUACCACCCCAACCACAAAACCCACCUCAACCAGCCGCCUCAGAUGUCUCAAGGAGGCUGGAUAACCUAGAAAAACUGUUAGCCGAGAACAAAAAUCCACAAUCACAAGUCCCACCUAUAUCAACCUCUAUCCCCACUCCCCUCAACACUAAAAUCACCCAAGAGCCAUAUCCACCCGGUUUCAGGAUGCCGAUGUUUGAAACGUAUGACGGCACUAAAGACCCUGAUGACCAUUUACAUGCAUUCUUCUCCAUCAUGCAGGCUCAAAACGCCUCGGACGCGUUCAUGUGCAAGAUGUUUCCCUCCACAUUGCGCGGCAAUGCCCGGACUUGGUAUCACACCCUGCGUCCGAACUCAAUUAACGCGUAUGCCGAGCUGGCCACCUCAUUUGCCACCAAAUUCUCAAGCAGAAGGGUGAUCAAAAAGACGACACCCGAGCUCAUGCGCAUAACACAACGAGAAGGCGAAUCCUUGAAGAACUACAUGAACAGGUUCAAUGACGCCAUGCUGGAAGUCAAUGCCUUCGAUGAAGCAGUGGGAGUAACUGCCGUGAUACAAGGCCUCAACCAUGAUCGGUUUCGAGACAACUUGGUCAAGAACACCCCAACUACUUUUGACGAAGUCAACCAGAGAUCCCUUAAAUUCAUUAAGGCUGAGGAGUACGUCCUCUCCAAACCUCAGCCCCCCAAAGAAGCUAGAGCCCCCAUCUGGAGAGACGAAAGCCAGAGCAGAAAGAAGUUCAAACCUACACAAAACCGAGGCCCAAUUCCGGUUCCUAAGCUAGACAGGCCCAAUUCCAGCACCCCGCAGACGCGGCCUAUGCCGCCCUCAUGGACCUCCUUCACAAUUCCGAGGUCGCAAAUUCUCAUGCAGAUUAAGAAUAAGAUGGAGAUGAGGAGACCACACCCCAUACAAAGCCCAGCGGCAAGCAGAGACCACACCAGAUACUGUGACUUUCAUCAAGACCACGGACAUACCACGGAAGAGUGCAAAAGUUUGAAGUCCGAGCUGGAAAGUUUGGCCCGAAAGGGGAUGUUGAAUGAGUACAUCCAGAACAGAAAUUUGCCAAAGUUUGUCAAAGAACAAGGACAAGCCCAGGGGUCUCGAGCACCAAACAACAGGGAUGGGGUAGGGUACCAACAAGCACCACCACCUCUGCCACCCCCAUCUAGAGUCAUUCACAUGAUAACCGGCGGGCCCGAAGCAGGAGGCACAAGCUCCAAACAGCAGAAGUUGUACGUGAGGGAGGUCAAGCACCACAAUACAGCUCAGAAAAGGAAAAUCGACGAGGAGGAUUGGAAAAAUCAAUCUGUGACAUUCACUUCGGCUGACUUCGAGGGGGUUGUCACGCCCCAUAACGACCCAUUAGUCACCUCGGUCAUCAUCAACAAUUGCGAGGUCCAGCGAGCGCUCAUCGACACCGGCAGUGCUCCAGAUAUAAUGUAUUACCAUUGCUUUGAGAGCCUCGAACUCGACCCAGCCCUCCUACAAAAGUACGACGGGCCCAUUUACGGGUUCAACAAUCAGCCGGUACCUGUGGAAGAAGUGCUGCGACUCAAUGUAGCGUUCGGCUCUGGACGGACGUACGUAACACCCACAGUCAGAUUUCUAGUAGUGAAGAUGCCUUCAUCUUUCAAUCUCGUCAUCGGGAGGCCGACUUUGACCGAGAUCCGGGCUAUAGUGUCCCCGCCCCACCUCUGCAUGAAAUUCCCUACCCCAAUGGGGAUAGCAACCCUAAGAGGCAACCAAGAGGCGGCCAGGCACUGCUACAUGACCUCCGUCACGAGGUCACGAAGAAAUAAGGAGGUACUCCCACCACCAAAGGCACCCCAACCAGAGGCCCCGAAUACCCAACAGGUAAUGGGUGUAGAGCUGCCAGAUAACAGACCAGAGGACGACCCAAGAGCCACCCCGGUCGAAGAGGUCGAAGAGGUGCAACUUGAUGAUAAUGACCCAUCCAAGAAGACUAAGAUAGGCACGAAGCUGACUCCUACAGAAAAAGAAGAACUUGUGAGUUUCUUAAAAGUAAACAAGGAUGUGUUUGCAUGGACUUCGGCUGAUAUGCCUGGAAUCCCAACUUCUGUGGCAGUGCACAAACUCAGCACUAAUCCUUUGAGGAAGCCAGUAGCACAGAAGAGACGGCUUUUCGGGGGAGAAAGACUCACAGCCAUUAAAGAAGAAGUGAAGAAUCUCUUACAAGCAGGGUUCAUCAGGAGAGUAGAUUACUGCGAGUGGAUUGCCAACCCUGUCAUGGUAAAAAAGUCAAACGGGAAGUGGCGCAUGUGCAUCGAUUACACCAACCUCAACGACGCCUGCCCCAAAGACUGUCAUCCCAUGCCGAGCAUAGACAAGCUGGUGGAGGUCGCCUCAGGGAAUGAGAGGUUAAGCCUCCUGGAUGCUUACUCGGGGUAUCAUCAAGUACGCAUGGCACCCGAGGACGAGGUGAAAACCUCAUUUUAUGCCGGGGAUGAAAUAUACUGCUAUGUCAUGAUGCCGUUUGGGCUCAAGAAUGCAGGGGCAACAUACCAAAAAAUGGUUACAAUUGUAUUUCAGGCUCAAAUUGGUAGAAACCUGGAGGUCUACGUAGAUGACAUUGUUGUCAAAAGUUCUCGAGCAGAAGACCACUUGACCGACCUGGCCGAGACGUUCAACAACCUUAGAAGGUACGGUAUGAAGUUGAAUCCAGCAAAGUGCACUUUCGGCGUUGAAUCAGGCAAGUUUCUGGGGUUCAUGGUUUCCAGAAGGGGAAUAGAGGUCAACCCUGAGAAGAUAAAGGCAAUAGAAGAAAUGAAACCGCCGAGGUCAACCAAGGACGUGCAACGCCUGGCAGGGAGAGUAGCAGCACUACACAGAUUUAUCUCCAAAUCAGCAGACAAGUGUUUGCCUUUCUUUAAGGUCUUGAGAACUGCAACUCAGAAGGACGAAGCGGGAAAACCCCAGAAGUUCAACUGGACGACGGAGUGCCAGGUGGCUUUUGACGAGCUCAAGGCCUACCUCAGCUCGCCGCCUUUGCUGACCAAGGCUCAGGAAGGUGAAAUCCUUUAUCUCUACCUCGGAAUAUCUGAUACUGCUGUCAGUUCUGUCUUGGUCAGGGAAAUGGGAAAGCAACAGCAACCAGUGUACUAUGCCAGUAAGGUGCUGCAGGGAGCCGAACAGAGAUACUCAAUAGCAGAAAAAGCAGCCCUAGCAGUUGUUGUUACUGCAAGGAAAUUGAGGCCAUAUUUCCAAUCCCAUUCUAUUAUUGUGAUGACUGACCAACCUUUAAGACAAAUUUUGCAGAAACCAGAAUGCUCCGGGAGGCUCAUCAAAUGGGCAGUAGAGUUGGGAGAGUUUCAAAUAGCAUUCCAGCAGAGGUCGACAAUCCAAGCUCAAGCUUUGGCAGAUUUCGUAGUCGAAUGCACUUCUAAUCAGGUAGAGCCAAAUUCCGAGGCAGAAACGUGGACCCUGUAUGUCGACGGAUCAUCUAAUAACAAGGGUUCAGGAGCUGGAGCAGUGUUAACUGGACCUGACGGCUUCCGGAGUGAACACGCUUUGAAGUUCAACUUCCAGGCCACAAACAACGUGGCCGAAUAUGAAGCCCUCCUCUUGGGAUUACGUCUGGCGGCCGAGCUCAAAGUCAAACGCCUGCAGAUUUACAGUGACUCGCAACUAGUAGUUAACCAAAUCAAUUCUAUGUGCGAAGUCAUUGAUCCCGUCCUGGCGAGAUAUGUGGCCGCAGUCUCCAACCUGAGAAACCGUUUUGAGAAAUUCCAGCUUACCCAAAUCCCAAGAGAGGAAAAUGAGCAUGCAAACUCCUUGUCGAAAUUGGCAUCCAAAAACUCAAGGGAAGCAAAAUCUGUGUAUAUCGAGAUACUGAAUGAACCGAGCUUUCAGACGUCGGGGGUGAUGGAGAUUAGUACUGACUUAGAUGCUCCGAGUUGGACAGACCCCAUCCGGGAAUACCUCCUCAAUGGUACCGUCCCGGGGGACAAACAAGAAGAGAUGAAGUUACGAAGAAAAGCCUCUCGGUACACCCUGGUUGGCGACAUUCUGUACAAAAGGUCCUAUUCAUUACCACUCCUCAGAUGCCUGACACCAUAUGAAGCAGAGUAUGCACUAAGAGAAGUGCAUGAGGGGGUGUGCGGUAAUCACGUGGGAGCCCGGACUCUGGCACACAAGGUACUUCGGCAAGGGUACUACUGGCCUAACAUGCAAGAAGACGCAAAGAAGUUCGUACAGAGGUGCCAGAAAUGCCAGUUUUUCGCCCAUCUCACCCACCAGCCAGCAGAAGAACUCACUAGCUUGACUGCGCCAUGGCCCUUUGCUCAAUGGGGAAUAGACCUUCUGGGCCCCUUCGUCAAAGCGGUAGGGGGAGCAACGCAUUUGGUGGUCGCUGUUGAUUACUUUACCAAAUGGGUAGAAGCCAGACCUCUCUCUUGUCUAACUUCGAGAAGAAUCGAGGAUUUCCUCUUCACCUCGGUCAUCUGCAGAUAUGGGAUACCAAACCAAAUCAUCGCCGAUAACGGCCCCCAGUUCAAUUGUAACUCCUUCAGGGACUUCUGCUCAAGCUACGAGAUUAAGUUGGUGUUCACCUCCGUCUAUCACCCUGAGGCCAAUGGAAUGGUUGCAUUAGUUAACAAAGCUAUCUUGGAAGGAAUCAAGCCGAGGUUAGACCAGCUGAAAACAAAGUGGGUAGAUGAACUCAACAACGUCCUGUGGGCUUACCGGACAACAAGCCGAACUGCCACAGGCGAAACGCCCUACCACUUAGCCUUCGGCACUGAGGCAGUCAUUCCUGUCGAAAUUGGUGUCCCAAGCCUAAGAAUCAGCCACUUUGAACCAACUCGAAAUGAGCGUCUACUAAGGGAAAACCUUGAUUUCCUAGACGAAGUCCGAGAGCAAUCCCGACUUCGGACUCUAGCAUACAAACAAAGGAUAGCCAACCUUUACAAUAAGCCAGUCCGACCUCGAAACUUCAGAGUCGGUGACCUCGUCCUCAGAAAAGCUGGGCUCACAGGGUUCGAAACCCGAUAUGGCAAGCUAGCACCAAACUGGGAAGGCCCUUACAUUGUAACCGAGGUCCCGCACCCUGGGGCAUACAUUCUCCAAGACGCCGAGGGCAAAAGGGUGCCUAGAGUUUGGAACGUCAACAACCUUAAAAAAUUCCAUCCUUGAAAGUCCAUUUCUUCAUUUUGCGUUAGGAGUCUUUGUAAAUAACAUUCCAAUACAAUU